AUGCAGGUUGUUCUCGCUACUCUGGCCGUGGUGGCCGCUGCUGCCCCAGACUAUAGCUCCCGAGAGGUGGUUCCCAUCCUGAAGGACGAGCGCCAGCAGGACGAGUACGGCAGGUACAACGUGGAUGUGGAGACUGGCAACGGCAUCGUUCUGGCUCAGUCUGGCUCCCCCGAGGGUCCCGAGGGCUCUGUCAUCAAGGCUGGCCAGUACUCUUACACCGCCCCUGACGGCACUCCCGUCGUCGUGAAGUUCGUUGCCGACGAGGGCGGCUACCAGCCCCAGUCUGACCUGCUGCCCGUGGCCCCCGCCUUCCCCCACCCCAUCCCUGAGUUCGUGCUGGAGCAGAUCGCUAAGGCCGCAGAAGAGGACCGCAACCGCUCUCCCGAGGACAGAUACGACUAAUUCUUUCACAGUAACCUUUAGGAACCUCCAGUCUUCACAACUAUAGAUUACUCGCUCUAUAUUUAUACUUAUUUAUAUGUUGAACACAUGCACGCUGCGCAGCUACAUGUGCAUGCCUCUCUACGUAAGUCUUUUUUGUACAUAUGAUAAUGUUAAUCAUAAAUAAAAGUACAAUACUGCA